AUGGCCGGAUUGAGGGCUUGGUUUGAUACCGGGCGCCCGGCCCUGUUUGCUGCUCUCGAAGAAGUCUGUGAGCGUAUCGAUCGAGAUCUCAUUGCCGAGCAGGACGGGAACAAGAAUAAUCGCAAGCAAUGUCUUGAAGCCGCGGGCGCGGCGCCCAGUGUGGCCGAGGACGUGCGGCUUCGACUUGGGGAGUUGACGGGGGCACAGGAGGAGCUCGAUGAACCACCAACAUCGACGGCUCAGCUACUGUCAACAUCCACGCCACUCCCUUAUCCUUCUACCGUUCGAUGCAACAGCAGCGAUGUCGAAGUCCUGCAGGCCGAGUGCUCCGCGCUUCGCCGCAAAUUUAAUGCCCUGGCCGCAAACUUCAAAACAGCCAAAGACGCGCUUCGGAGAAGAAAAGAGGAACGGGAACAGUGGGAGCAAGGAUACGCGGAUAUGCUGUGCCUUCUCAAAGCUGCAGAAAAGGUGCAUGGCAUUCAUAUACUUGACCGUGCCGAGGAGCUUAUCCAAGCCUCUGCAGCGAUGUCCCCUGCCGUACCUGAUGCCAGCAUCCGGGAAGGCCCCCCUUUGCUUUUAGAUCCAGAAGACAUUUCCGACAACAAUGGGCGCUCGGCAUCCAACAUUUUGUCAGAAUCUACGCAGGGAGACGCCGAUGACAGGCCGGGUGAUGAGCUACCGCCCUUGCGGACGCAAGAUGAAAAUUCCACAUUCGGGAUCAAGCCAGAGUCGUCAUCUGACGUGCCGGUCGUGGUUUCAGAACGAUCUGUUCGAAAGAGAAAGCGGAAAAACUCUACAUCUGAAGCACAAGUUAAGUCGGAGCGAACUGACUCCAGUCCCAUUAUAUUUGGGGAGGGCAUUGCAGUCCACACGCAGGAGAGCAUUGAUCUUGGCGACAUUGAGCAACGGAUAGUAACCCCUCGGAAGCCAAAAGAUUCCGAGUCGACUGAGCAGACCAAUACAACAGUAGAUGGAAGCAUCCAGAAGUUGCUGGCAGCACCCCUCACGACCCCUGGAAUGCCAUCUCCACCACCACCACCAACAGCCACACAGAGGUUCGCCUUGGCUCCGCUCGAUUCAAAUACCCGAAGAUCCAGCUCAGAUGGUCAUAAGCCGUAUUUCGGUCAAAAGAGGAAGAGGCUGGGUUACGCUAUUUCCACGGUUGCGGAGGAUGGUGACGAGUAUCAAACGCAUCCUUUGAAAGGCAACAACCACGACAUGACACCAAGCUCAGAGCGAAGCACCGGGCGAUUAGAAAUGCUUCUGAACAGUCCUUCACCGGCGACGGAACGAAUUAUAUCUCGCCCCUCUGGCAAUCGACGGGAUCGGCCGCGCCCCGCUGGGGAUCGACUACCCAUUCCGGGUCGCCGUGCUCUUCCUUUCGAAAAAGGCACCGGCCAAGCAAGUCGCUCUCCUCUUGCUCAAGUAGACCUGGCUUCUGGUGUAAAUACACCACCAACGGACCGCUCAGUGCGGCAAAGGGCUUCAGUACCGAAUCAUGCAUCUACCACUUCAUCCCUGAGAAGCAAGCCGCUCUCCGAGCUUCGACUUGAUGACUUCAGGAUCAAUCCGUUGGUGAACGACGGCUACGACUUCGCGUACAGCGAGGUCGUCAGGAACAAGGACGACAGGGCCUGUCUUCCAGGCUGCAAGGAUAUGCACUGCUGUGGAAGGCAGUUUCGAGCGCUCGCCAUGUCGCAACGGCCGAAUCCACCCCUGACGUCUGCGCAACGGAUAGAAGAGCGGAAGCUACUGGAGGAGUACUUGGGUGACUCUGCAUUCCGCCUCGCCAUGAUGAACAAGGACGAACGAGAAGAGUUGUGGGUUGAGGCUAAGGCCCAAGAGCUGGCAAACAAGUAUGGCAAGCACAAGCACCGUUUCUCGCGCAUGCAGUCUCCCCCGGGCUUCUGGGAUGCCGACUUCCCCAGCACCCAAGAGCUCGAAGCUGAGCGGGCCGAGGCAUCCAAAAGAGAGAGGCAGGCGAUUUCGGAGCGACGUCGCGAGGCCAUGCGACCUGGUGGGAGGUGGUUGUUCAAGGAUGAAUAA